GUACACAAUCGCCGGGUGCCAAGAACUCCACUGUCCCAGUAGUGCUGCCAGACCCCCCCCACCCAGUAACUUCUCGGCCCAGCCUUGGCCCCUGCACCACAGCGCGAUGUCAGUCAUGGCAGUUCGUGUGCCCGCGGCAGUGGCCAGCCGCGCGGUGGCCGCCACUAGCAAGCCCGUCCAUCGGGCGGCGGCGGCAAGUCUCCAACCCGCCUUCCGCCGUGGUGCCCUGCGCGCGGCUGCGGCCCCCAGGCCCCUGCGGCAGCGCAACGCCGGGCUUAUUGUGCAUGCCAACUGGGGCGCCCCCGUGGAGUUCGCUGCUGGCAAGGUGCUGGUGAAUGAGAAGGAGGCGGAGAAGCUGCAGCGGCUCAAGGUGCAGAUUGGCGGCUCCGCCUCUGCCUACACCAAGGCCGGGCAGUUCAUCCAGGCCAAGUUUGGGGAGGAGGGCAAGGCCGGCUUCUUUGCGAUCGCCUCUGCGCCAGGCGCGGACAAGGAGAAUGGCGUGGUGGAGCUGCUGGUGAAGGACCAGGGGGGCACCGCGGAGCAGCUGUGCGCGGCGGAGGCAGGCACCUCCCUGCUCGUGUCUGCGCCCAUGGGCAAGGGCUUCCCCGUCGACACCAUCCCGCCCCAGCAGUUCCCUACCGUCCUCAUCUUCGCCACCGGCUCAGGCAUCUCCCCCAUCAAGGCGCUGAUCGAAAGCGGCGCGCUGCAGGCCGCGGAGCGCAAGGAUGUACGGCUGUACUACGGCGUGCGGUCGCAGGAGCACCUGGCCUUUGCCGCUGACAUCCCGCGGUGGGAGGCGGCGGGGGUCAAGGUGGUGCCGGUGCUGUCAGAGACGGGGGCGGGGUAUGUGCAGGACGCGUUUGCCAAGGAGGACGGCAUCGCCGACUGGUCUGGCGUUGCUGCUGUGCUGUGCGGCCAGAAAGACAUGGCCACUGCGGUCACUGAGCUGCUGACCGGCAAGGGCGUGGCUAAGGAGUACAUCCUUACCAACUUCUGAGGCGCACCAAGCGUCAGCUGGCGCGGUCCUGGCGUCAGCUGGCAUCUCUCGCUUCACAUUUCCUGCUGUCCCGGUUUCUUGCUGCCUCCGAUCAUCCGACACUGCAUUUAAUUGCAUUCACCCGGUGUGGGCCAGUCUGAACCAUCCGCUCCAUCUGCUCCUCUACAUGUUCGCCUGAUGUGUGCAAGCAACAAUGUGG